AUGGCGAAUUUCUACACAAGGAAUGGAAUCAAGCAACGAACAAGCGCUCCGUUCUACCCAUCCACGAACGGACAAGCAGAAAUGAUGGUCGGAGAAACCAAACGUGCUCUCACGAAAUUAACUGACGGCAGCAUCGAGUGUCGGUUAGCACGUUUCUUGUUCAAACAACACACCACAGUGUCUACAAGUACAGGGAAGACCCCGGCGGAGCUCCUCUUCGGGCGGCGCUUGACUACGCCCCUGGAUUGGAUGCACCCAGAAAAUGACUCGUCCAGUCACGAGAUUCCCCAAGUUCUUCCACGGUCCCACGACUUUGAACCUGACCGAGUUCACCGUCGGCACGUGGACCACAUCAAGCCACGUUUGCUGAAGAGCGACCAUGUAGCGACAUGGGAAACAGCCAAAGCAAGCUUACUCAACUUUCCCCUCGACAUGCAGCAUACUCCGCAAGUGACUCAGUCACACGGCCAUUCAACUCAGGAAGGUCAGUCAGCUGAGAGUAAUGAAAGUCUCCGGCCCCAGAGUCAGACCCCAGGUGACUUGCCCCCUCAACAGGAAUCUUCAAGCAAGGAUCACCAGCCUCCAGAACCAGCUGGCCUCUCUGAGCAGGCAGAGCACAAUAGCGAGGAAGUGAACCAGCCGGCAAACCUUUCAUCGCAAGAGCAGACAAGAAACGACUCUACAGCACAAAGUGCUCAGAAGAGAGGACGUUUUGGCAGGGAAGUUAAGACGCCUAAGCGCUACAAAGACUUUCACUUAAAUUAG